AUAUCCGCAAGAUGGCCGCGCGCAUGAUGAGCCGUGUUCUGUGUCGGAAUCGUGGGUACUUUAAUAAAAUCCUUGCUAACUUCACAUAUUGUAGAAGAAAAUAUACUACUUCCAUUCACAGUAAAUAUUUCAAUACAAAACUUGUGUUAAACAGCUACACAUUUCAUUCCACAAGACAUUUAUGCGUAAAACAAAGUCAAAAUCCGACUCCGAGGUCAAAUGAUGAAAUUAACAAGGAAAAGAAUAAUCAGUCUGAUGACAGAAGUGAGGAUCAGAAAAAGGCUAACUCAAAGUAUUGGAAGAGAAUUGGAAUCAGUGUUCUUAUUACAUGGUUGUCAACAACGUCUGGUUUGCUAGUUUAUCAGUGGGGAAGACCAUUUGAAGAUGCUGAUGGCAAUCCAAUAGAAGAUGAAUAUUCAAAAUACAAUGUGAUAUAUGCUUACUUGAUGAGAACUUACAGAGAAAUUUUCUUCCAAGUCAAAAUAACACAGGAGCCUUCUAGGUCAAAGUUGUUACCAGAUCCUUUGACAUACCCAUACAUUCAGCCACCAUAUACUCUUGUCAUUGAAUUGACUGAUGUGCUUUUACAUCCAGAAUGGACAUAUAAAUCAGGAUGGAGAUUUAAGAAACGACCAGGAAUUGAUUAUUUUCUUCGGACAGUAGGUCCUCCAACCUUUGAAGUGGUCAUAUUUACGAAGGAAUCAGGAAUGACUGCAGAUCCACUUAUAACCAAUAUAGAUCCAGAAAAUUUUAUUAUGUACAGAUUGUAUAGAGAUGCUACACGGUACCAAGAUGGGGAACAUAUAAAGGAUCUAAAUUGUUUAAACCGUGACUUGUCGAGAGUUAUUAUGGUAGACUGGAACAAAGAUGCUUACAAACUCAAUGCAGAAAAUGGCUUCAACAUCAAUAAAUGGACUGGGGACAUGAAUGAUACAGCUCUUGGUGAACUUGCAGAGUUUCUUAGAGCUAUAGCAGUAAGUAAGGUGGAUGACGUUAGACCGGUACUCAAAUACUACAGUCAGUUUGAUAAUCCUAUGGAGAAAUUCCAUGAAAAUCAGAGAAAGCUUAAGGAAGAACAAGAAAGACAGUUUCAAGCCCAACAGUCACGAGAGUCAAAGAAUAUGACAAGCAUAUGGAACAAAUUUAAAAGAUGAAACAUAAUAUUGACAUUACUGUGAAUAUUGUAUAAAACACCAUACAGGAGAGGUUCUGUAAUUCGAUGUCAAUAUGAACUAUUAUAUUUACACUUUUGUAAUGAAAUCGCAUGAAUUGUGUAGUGCAAACUGUUUGACAUCAGAAAUAUUGUACUUAGGACUGAUCCCAAAUAGUGCAUAUGCUACAAGUGUUGUGAUACUGGAAGUAAAACAGCUAAUGACAUAUCAAUGAUAAUUUAGUGCAGACAUGUGCCACAGAUGAUAAGUUGUUUGUCAAACUUGCAAGUCUUGAUUAAAUCAAGAUACAAAGGAAUGUGUUCUCAACCUAUCCUUUAGAACUUGUAGUAUUGUAUUUCUGUGGUACUUAACAUAAACAGGAACAUAAUUCCAAAUAGUUUUGCCAGUAAUGCAAAAACAGGUGGUCUCCAGUGAUUAUCUGAAAACAUUGAAUUAAUAGUAUUGUUUGAAAAAUUGUAUGCUACCUGUUUUGCCUUGUAGUAGAUUUUUAGCUCACCUGAGCAAAGUUGCACAAGGUGAGUUAUUGUGAUCGCUUUGUUUGUUUUUUUGCAUCUUCAGUUGUCCGGCAUUAAACUCUACAGGUCACAGUUUGGCCAAAUCUUUAUGAAACUUAGUAAGAAUGUUACCCUAAAUAAAACCUUGGACAUGUUCAUUACUGGGUCAUCUUUAUGCCCCGCCGAUGAAAUCGGGAGGGGGUAUUGAAAUGGCGUUGUCCAUCCAUCAGUCAGUCUGCGUGCGUGCGUCCGUCUGCAGCCAUUUCUCGGUAACUAGCAGGUAGAAUUUCAUGAAACUUGAAAUAAACAUGAACCAACAUACUGCAAUGAUGCCCGUCAAGUUUUGUUUUGAUUGGUCAAUUUCCCUUAGAGUUAUUGCCCUUUAUUUACUGAAAAAUGCCCAAAAAUGUCCGUCCACAGUCAUUUCUCAGUAACUAGUUGGUAGAAUUUGAUGAAAUUUGAAAUAAAGAUGAACCAACAUACUAUGAUGAUGCCCGUCAAGGUUUUUUUGGGAUUGGCCAAUUUCCCUUAGAGUUAUUGCCCUUGAUUUAAUGAAAAAUGUCUGUCUGCAGCCAUUUCUCAGUAACUAUCAGGUAGAAUUUCAUAAAACUUGAAAUAAACAUGAACCAGCAUACUGCGAUGAUGCCCGUCAAUUUUUUUCUUCGAUUCAGUUUCCCUUAGAGUUAUUGCCCUUUAAUUGUUUAAAAAUCCACAGAUGUGUACAUAACAAACCAACCAAUUGGUAGAAUUUCAUUAAACUUCUUUCAUUCUUUUCCAUGAACGUUUUUUAUAUGUGAAGUUGUGUCACCUGGUCACCACCUUGCCUUGGUCACCCCCCACCCCCCCACUACCAAAAAAAAAAAUCAUUCCUUUUUAUUUAUUUUUUUUCAAACAUUCCAUGAAUAUUUUAUUAACAUGCAAAGUUGUACCGUUUCCCCACCUCACUCUCCACUCAGUCAUGCCCACCAUCCCGAUCAUGCAUCCCUCCCCCUCAUUUUUUUUUUUUUUUUUUUUCGUUUUUAUUUUUCCAUCAGUAUUUAUAAUCAACAUGUGAAGUUUUGUACCCUCACCUGGUCACCUCCGCUGCCCCAAACCCCCGCCCUAAAAAAAAAGCAUUCAUUUUCUGUUAAAAUGAUUUUGACUAAUGAAAUUAUUUGCUUCUUAGUAACCUCCUUAACUUUUUGCCAGGUAUAUUUUUUUGCCAUUCCUCACCACAAACCCUUUCGGCGGUGGAUACCAAUUCAUUGAAUUUGCUUGUUGGUCUAAAAUUAGUUCCCUACGUCAGUUAAUAGGAAAACCUUGUUAACAGGCUAGAGGCCACAGUUUCUUAUCUUCAUAAAACUUUGUUAGAAUGUCUAUGAUAUCUAUGACAUACUGAUAACCAAGUCAUCUGAUGUCAAAAUCUAGGUAAAAAUACAGGGUAGCAAUAUUAACACUAGAAGUCGCAUUUUCUAUCUGGUUUACAUGAAACCUGCUUAGCAUAUUUGUCUUUCUAUCAUCUAUGCUAGGUUAAAAACUGGAUUAUCUUGGACAAAUAACUAGGUCACAUGAACGGUCAGGCAGGAUUAGAGCAGAAUUUAAUCACAUAAGGGCUCGUCGAACACGAAAUGCCCCCCUUGAUGCAUUCAGUAAUUGCACAAGGAACAGAAAUUAUUUGCUCACUGUAAACAAAAGUCCUACUGUUCUGUUUCAAUGUGACAUUGACCUUUGACCUAUUGACCUCAAAAUCAACAGGGGUCAUCUGCUGGUCAUGAUCAACCUCCCUAUUAAGUUCAGGGAUCCUAGGCCCAAGUGUUAACAAGGUAUCGUCCGGAAAGGGUUUAACUGUUCCGGGUCAAUGUGACCUUGACCUUUAGCCUACCGACCUCAGGUCAUGACCAACCUCCCUAUCAAGUUUCAUGACCCUUGGCCCAAGCGUUCUCAAGUUAUCGUCCAGAAACUGUUUAACUGUUGCUGGCCAAUCUGACCUUGAACUUUGACCAAAUGACCUCAAAAUCAAUAGGGGUCAUCUGCUGGUCAUGAUCAAUCUCCCUAUCAAUUUUCCUGAUCCUAGGCCCAAGCAUUCUUGAGUUAUCGCCCAGAAACCGUUUAACUGUUCCUGGUCAGUUCAGUUUUAGAAAACAUUUUUGGGCAGUUUAUAUCCAAACCAAAAAGUGUGACAUUUUACAUGAAGGCACUUCUUCAACUGUUGUUUAGCUCACCUGUCACAUAGUGACGAGGUGAGCUUUUGUGAUCACCCUUUGUCAGUCAUACGUCAGUCCGUCCGUCAACAAUUUCUUGUCUGCAUGAUAGUAGUUUCAUUUAUGAUUUUAUUUUAACCAAACUUGCACACAAUUUGUAUCACCAUAAGAUCUCGGUUCCUUUCUUGGACUGGCCAGUUUCCUUUAUUGGUUCCAGAGUUACGGCCCCUGAAAGGGCCAAAAUUAACUAUUUUGACCUUGUUUGCACAAUAGCAGCCUCAUUUAUGAUUUGGUUUUUACCAAACUUGCACAAAACUUGUGUCACCAUAAGUUCUCGGUUCCUUUAUUGAACUGGCCAGAUCUCAUUAUGGGUUCCAAAGUUAUGGCCCCUGAAAAGGCCAAAACUAGCUAUUUUGACCUUGUUUGCACAAUAGCAGCUUCAUUUAUCAUUUGAUUUUAACCAGACUUACACAAAACUUGUAUCACCAUAAGGUCUUGGGUCCUUGUUUGAACUGGCCAGAUUCCAGCAUGGGUUCCAGAGUUAUGGCCCCUUAAAGGUCAAAAAUUUGUUAUUUUGGCUUUUGCAUCCAUAUAGAGACUUCAUUUAUGGUUUGAUUUGAUACAAACUUCCAAAAUAUCUUCAACAACAAUAAAUCUUGGAUUCCAUGAUGAAUCUGUCAGAGCCAGUGGUAGGUUCCAGAGUUAUUAUGUCUCCAACCACACAGUGGUGUGGGAGACAUAUUGAUUUACUCCAGUCAGUGUGUCUGUCUGUCUGUCUGUCACAAAGCUUGUCCGCACCCUUAAGGCGAACAUUUCUCAUCCGAUUUUCAGCAAACUUAAACAAAAUGUGUUUGACCAUAAGACCUUGGCCAAGUACGAUAACUAGCCAAACCAGUCCAAGCAUGUUGGAGUUAUGGCCCUUGAAUUACCAAAAAUCUGCCUUUUUACUCUUGUCUGCACUCUAAGUCAAACAUUUCUCACCCGAUCUUCACCAAACUUGAACAAAAUAUGUUUGACCAUGAGACCUUGGCUAAGUUCGAUAACUAGUUAAAUCGGUCCAGGCAUUUUGGAGUUAUGGCCCUUGAAUAACCCACAAAUCGGCCUUUUUACUCUUGUUCGCACUCUUAAGUCGAACAUUUCUCAUCCGAUCUUCACCAGUCUUGAACAAGUGUUUGACCAUAAGACCUCAGCCAAGUUCGAUAACUAGCCAAAUCCGCCCAUGCACUUUUGAAUUAUGGCCCUUGAAUAACUGAUUGGAUCCACUCAUCCAGACCAUCUAAUUGGAUCCACUCAUCUAAACCAUCUAGAGAAACUAGACAUUUUUCAUAGGGGCAGUUGUGGGAGACAUGCGCUUUUCUCAAAAGCAUCUCUAGUUUUAUAUCUGAUUACCUCCCCUGAUUGUAAUCAAAAUGGAUUUAUAUCAGUAAGUACUUCUAGGAUUUAUUUGGAAUUUUAUUAUUGUCAUUAGUUGGACUGAGACAAUUAGGGUAAAUAACUAUGGACUGAUUUUAUGUCAAAUUACCUCCCUUUAUUUCAAAUUUAAAUAGGUAUAUCUCCAUAACUAAUGAACAUACUGAUCUGAAAUUUCAUUUAUGUCAACAGAUGGACUUGGACAAUCAGUGAAGAUACAUUUUGACUGAAUUUAAGACAAAUUACCUCCAUUAAUUUUUUAUUUUUAAUUACUUCCCUUUUAUGUUACUGUAAAUAGCUUAUUUAGUAACUUUUUUAUUAUUGGUGUAUUUUGACAUAUCUGUUCCUUGUAAGAAUUCUGUUUUCUUUUUGGUUAAAUUUCUUCCCUUUGUUGUUUGACCUUCUUGUCCUUAAGUGCAUUGAUAACAGGUGAGCGAUAUAGGGCCAUCGUGGCCCUCUUGUUUAUUUUUUCAAACCAAGCUUAAUUCUUAUAGCUUUGAUCUUUAUAUGUAACUGAAACUCUGCAAAAUAUUUUAUUCAUAAACUACAUCUUAUUCUAACCAAUAUUUCACAUCUUGUUAUGGAACCACCUUCACAAAAAAUAGUGAAAUAAAUACUGAAUUUAAAUGUUGAACUCUACAACUUCAUGACCCCAAAGUCCUAAUGUUUUUCUAAGACCUUCAACCUUUCUAAUAUGAAGACAAAAUGUGCUUUUUUAUACGCCCAUCUCUGAAGAAACGGGGGAUAUUAUGUGAACAUCCGCAGUCAGUGGGCGGGUUGUCGGCGUCCAAAAGCAUGUCCUCUCUGUAAGUUGAACAGUUUUCAUCUGAUCUUCACCAAACUUGCUGACAAUGUUUGAGGGCAUAGUAUCUCAGCCAAGUUUGAUAACCAGCCAGAUUGUCCCAGGCACUCUUGGAUUAUGGCCCUUGAAUUACUCGAAAAACUGCCCGCUUUCUUAGACAAAUAUUUUUCAUCCGAUUUUCACCAAACUUGCUGACAAUGUUUGUGGACCAAUAUCUCGGCCAAGUUCGAUAACCAGCCAAAUCGCCCCAUGCACUCUUGGAUUAUGGACCUUGAAUUACUCGAAAAACUGCAGAUUUAGCUUUGUCCGUCUGGUAAGUCAAAUAGUUUUUAUCUGAUCUUCACCAAACUUGUUGACAAUGUUUGUGGGCAUAAUAUUUCGGCCAAGCUCAAUAACCACCCAAAUUGCCCCAGUCACUCUUGGAGUAGGGCCCUUCAAUUAGGCCAAGUUCGAUGACGGGCUUAUUUUGUGACUGUCUGGCACUCUUGUUGUUUAAGAAAUCAACUUUCUCAGAAUCUUGAUGCAUGUCUAUAGACCAAAAAAUAUUCAAGUAGUGAAGUGUCAGAUUUUUUGAAUUCCUUAAAGGUCCAAUACUAAGGAAAGUGAACAUUUUAAUUUCUUUUAAAAAGCACAGAAACUAUUUCAUUUUAUUGGAAAAUGAAAGUUGAUAUGUAGAAAUUCGAAAUAAAUCGCAGUAUAUGUACAAUUAUUUUUCUAUUAAGUAUGAAGAAAGUUAAAAAGACCUGGGGGGUCAUCCUGUCGAUUCAUUGAAAUUUCAACAUAAUACACAUGCAUUUCUUUGAGUUCCAAAGACCUUCUGUAAAUUUUGACCUGCCAAUCUUCAUUAUUUAGUGUCUUGCAGAAGUCUAUGCACUGGCUAUGAAAAAAAUUGCCAACUCACUUUCCCUUAGUAAUGGACCUUUAAAUAUAUAUAUAUUUUUUUUUACUUUAUUUCCUUGGAAAGGGAGUGACUAGGGAUACAAAAGCAGCUUUAAGCUUCGUAUAUAUAAAGGACUGUAAAACAUUCACAAAGCAAAAAGUGUGUACACAAACUUUAGGCAUUACUUGAUAAUUUAGCAUUAUAUUAGAAACACUGGCCAAUUUAAAAUUCAUUGUAUUUUUUAGCUCACCUGAGCCAAAGGCACAAGGUGAGCUUUUGUGACCGCUCGAUGUCCGUCAUGUGUCAACAAUAUCUAAGAAAAUCUUCUUCAAAACCACUGGACAGAUUUACACCAAACUUCACAGGAUUGAUCCCUUUCAAAAUUACCCAAAGAAUUAAAAUCCAUACAGAACUCUGGUUGCCAUAGCAACUGAAAGGAAAAACUUUUCUUGUCCAAAACCACAUGGCCUAGGGCUUUUAUAUUUGGUAUGUAGCAUCAUCUAGUCGUCCUCUACCAAAGUUGUUCAAAUUAUCCUCCUAGGGUAAAAAAUGGCCUAGCCCUGGGGGUCACAUGGUUUACAUAGACAUAUAUAGGGAAAACUUUGAAAAUCUUCUUGUCCAAAACCACAGGUCCUAGGGCUUUGAUGUUUGGUACGUAGCAUCAUCUAGCGGUCCUCUACCGAGAAAUUAUCAUCCCCUUAGGGUCAAAUAUGCGCCCCUCCACUUGGGGAUCACAUGGUUUAUAUAGACUUAUAUAGGGAAAAACUUUGAAAAUCUUGUCCUAGGGCUGUGUAACAUAAUCUAGUGGUCUUCUAUCAAGGUCCUAGGGCUUUGAUAUUUGGUACGUAGCAUCAUCUAGUGGUCCUCUACCGAGAUUGUACAAAUUAUCAUCCCCCAAGGGUCAAAUAUGGCCCCCCCUUGGGGUCACAUGAUUUAUAUAGACUUAUAUAGGGAAAAACUUUGAAAAUCUUGUCCUAGGGCUGUGUAACAUCAUCCUGUGGUCUUCUACCAAGAUUGUUCAAAUUAUGCCCCUGGAGUGAAAAGAGGCCCCACCCUGGGGGUCCCAAGUUUUACAUAGACUGACAUAGGAAAAAAUUUAAAAAUCUUCUCGUCUUAAACCACAAGACCUAGGCCUUUGAUAUUUGGUAUUUAGCAUUGCCUGGUGGUCCUCUACGAAGAUUUUUCAAGUUACGCCCCUUGGGUGAAAAGAGGCCCCGCCCCGGGGGUCCCAAAUUUUACAUAGACUUAUAAAGGAAAAAACUUUAAAAAAUCUUCUUGUCUGAAACUGCAAGGCCUGGGCUUUUAAUAUUUGGUAUGUUGCAUUGCCUAAUGGUCCUAUACCAAGAUUAUUCAAAUUAUGCCCCUGAGAUAAAAAGAGGCCCCACCUAGGGGGUCCCAAGUUUUACAUAGAUUUACAUAGGGAAAAAAACUUGAAAAAUCUUCUUGCCUGAAACCACAAGACCUAGGCCUUUUAUAUUUGGUAUGUAGCAUUGCCUUUUGGUCCUCUACCAAGAUUAAUUCAAAUUAUUACCCUGGGGUGAAAAGAGGCCCUGCACCGAGGAUCCCAAGUUUUACAUAGAUUUAUAUAGGAAAAAAAUCUUCUUGUCUGAAAGUUCAAGGCCUUGGCCUUUGAUACUUGGUAUGUAGCAUUGCCUAGUGGUUCUCUAACAAGAAUUGUCAAAUUAUGCCCCUGGGGUGAAAAGAGGUCAGUAGGUCUAAAAAUAGAAAAACCUUGUGACGUUUCUAGAGGCCAUAUUUUUCAUGAGAUCUUCAUGAAAAUUGGUCAGAAUGUUUACCUUGAUGAUAUCUAGGUCAAGUUCGAAAAUGGGUCACGUGCCUUCAAAAACUAGGUCAGUAGGUCAAAUAAUAGAAAAACAUUGUGACCUCUCUAGAGGCCAUAUUUUUCAUGGGAUCUGUAUGAAAGUUGGUCUGAAUGUUCAUCUUGAUGAUAUCUAGGUCAAGUUCGAAAGUGGGUCAUGUGCCAUCAAAAACUAGGUCAGUCGGUCAAAUAAUAGAAAAACCUUGUGACCUCUCUAGAGGCCAUAUUUUUCAUGGGAUCUGUAUGAAAAUUGGUCUGAAUGUUCAUCUUGAUGAUAUCUAGGUCAAGUUCGAAACAGGGUCACGUACCUUCGAAAACUAGGUCAAUAGGUCAAAUAAUAGAAAAACCUUGUGACCUCUCUAGAGACCAUAUUUUUUAAUGGAUCUUCAUGAAAAUUGGUCAGAAUUUUUAUCUAGAUAAUAUCUAGGUCAAGUUCAAAACUGGGUCACAUGUGCUCAAAAACUAGGUCACUAUGUCAAAUAAUAAAAAAAAACGAGGUCAUACUCAAAACUGGGUCAUGUGGGAAGAGGUGAGCGAUUCAGGACCAUCAUGGUCCUCUAGUUCUGUCAAGUCGUCCGUCGUCAGCAGUUAUGUUUAAAGGACAUCUCCUCCUAAACCACUGAAUGGAUUUUGAUGAAACUUGGCCUGGAUGUCCCUUGAGUGGUCCUCUUCCAAAGUUUCUUGGUUGCACAUAGGAGCUGCCAGAGCAAAAAAAUAGAAAAAUCUUCAAACGACAUCUCCUCCUAAGCCAAUGGUCCGAUUUUAAAAUUAGGGGUCAUUUGACCUGGACCUACUGACCUACUUUUUUGUUUUUAGCUCACCUGAGCACAAAGUGCUUAUGGUGAGGUAUUGUGAUCACGCUGUGUCCAUCUGUUUGUCUGUCAAGUCGUCCGUCGUUAACAAUUAUGUUUAAGUGACAUCUCCUCCAAAACCACUGAAUGGAUUUUGAUGAAACUUGGCCUGGAUGUUCCUUGAGUGGUCCUCUUCCAAAGUUGCUUGGUUACACACAGAAGCUGCCAGAGCAGAAAAUAGAAAAAUCUUCAAACGACAUCUCCUCCUAAGCAAAUGGUCCGAUUUUAAAAUAAUUUUACACAAAUGGUCUUUCUGUCACCCUCUACAAAGAUAAUUCAAAUUGUACCGAUUCGUCAAAAAACAUGGCCGCCAGGGAUGUGGUCACUUUUUCUUAUAUGUAUAUAGCGGAAAUUAAAAACUUGCACAGAAUGUUAUCUUGAUGAUUCUUAGGCCAAGUUGGAAACUGGGUUAUGUGGGGUCUAAAAGUAGGUCACCCGCUCAUAUCAAAGGAAAAGCUUGUUGACACUCUACAGGCUAUAUUAAUGACCUUAUCUUCAUGAAACAUUGUAAGAAUGUUUAUCUUGAUGAUUCCUAGGCCAAGUUUGAAACUUGGUCAUGUGGGGUCAAAAACUAGGUCACCACUCAAAAAAAGGGAAAGUUUGUUAAAAGUUUAUCUUGAGGAUUCCAAGGUCAAGUUGAACAGGUGAGCGAUAUAGUGUCAUCGUGACCCUCUUGUUUAUAUUUAUAGAUGUUAUAAGCAAUCAACAACUGUAGAUUUUUAUAUAUGCAAAUUUUAAUCCAAACUUUGUGUUAUAACAUACUGUAUAUAAAGUAUGAUAUUGUUUAUACAUCAUUUGCUACAGCGGACGCAGUGGUCCAGUGAUAACACUGUUUGACUACGAUUCAAGGGGUUGAGUUCGAGCCCUCGCUUCUCCAACUAAAAAUUACUAACAUUGGGAUAAGAGUCCUGUGUAUGGGUGUUUUACACCUAGCAUGCUAAAGAACCAGGGAAGCUUUUGGAAUUGGAGCAUCUUCUUAAUCUUGCACUAUCCUCCCACUAAGAUUACUAACAGUCUUCUGGAGGAGUAGCCUAUAUGGGUUACUGGUGGCAACUGUAAAUAAACUUACAUACAAACAAAAUACAUCAUUGACAGAUAUCAGAUCAUUAUGUUAUACUGCAGUAGAGAAAAUUAGUUGCCUUCCAGUAGGGAACUUUGUAUUGCAUGGCAUGUAAAAAUUCAAAAUACUUUUUGCUCACACAGGUUUGUCUGAGAUGUACAAAGAAAAUGCAUAUACUACAAGGAAAUGCCAGAGAACACUUGUUUUGUUACAUAAUUUUUUUGCUAUAUUGUAUACAAGUUACUAGAUAGAAAAGCGUUUAAGGGGAAAUAAUCUAGAUGUAUUAGUAACAUGAAAAGGGCAUGUUGUUCACCAGGUGUAGUAGUAACUUUUUCUUAUCAUAUUAGUGGUAAAACAACUUGACUAAUUAAUUCAACAUGUUUUAGUGCCGAGUCGAUUUGCAGUAAUUUCAAUGCAAGUGGUUGGCAGUUUCAAUGACAGAAUCAAAACCUCAGAAGUAUUACUUGUAAAAUUGGCUCAAAUGUACCCAUGUCAUGUCGUGCCUAGGUAAUUCUUCAUAGUUUUGUUAUUUUUGUUUGGGUUGGAAUACCAUGUUUAAAGAUGGUUAAUAAGAUAUUGGUCAAGUAAUCAAUUUGUUCAAAGUUUGAACAGAUCAUUUACAUGUAUGUAAAUUCACCUAAUGCUUAAUACAUGUAUAUUUAAAAUAUGAUUUUCUUAUCCUCGUUGCCCAACCAUGACGAGUAGCAGUAGUUUAGAUUUAACAAACAUACUUGUCUAAGGAAUAAUAUGAAUAUAAGAACUAUUGUAUUAUAUUUGUCAAAGAUUUGCAUUGACAAUGAUAUAUUUUGCCAAAAUUCAUUAGAAAUGCAGUUUUGUAAAAUUACUAUUACAUCUCUUAGCAUAUCUUGAAUUGUUGUGCAACAACAGAUUGGAAAAAAAUAAUAUGCAAGCUAUUUCAAAACUUGCCUUUGAUUCAUACUGUUUAUAUAUCCCAAUAUUUAUCAAAUGAAAAUGUAAAAUAAGAAAUUUUAUUUCACACCUAUAUAUUUUUAACCAAUUGGAAGCUUUUCUUUCUAUUACGUGACAAUACAAUAGAAACCAGUAUUGCACUGCAUGUUUCGACAAUUUGUUUAAUAUAAAAUUCAGCAUAUUUCUCAUAGAAUGCGUAUUUUACUUUUUAGCUCGAAGAAAAACCUUGUGUAUGCCAGUUUUUCCGAUCGCUUGAUGUCCGGCGUCUGUCGUCUGUCAACAUUUAGCUUGUGUAUGCAAUAGAGGCUGUAUUUUUCAACUGAUCUUCAUGAAAUUUGGUCAGAAUGAUGACCUUGAUGAAAUCUAGGCCGAGUUCGAAAAUGGGUCAUCUGGGGUCAAAAACUAGGUCACUAGGUCAAAUCAAAGAAAAAUCUUGUGUAUGCGAUAGAGGCUGUAUUUUUCAAUUAAUCUUCAUGAAUUUUGGUCAGAAUGAUGACCUUGAUGAAAUCUAGGUCGUGUUCGAAAAUGGGUCAUCUGGGAUCAAAAACUAGGUCACUAGGUCAAAUCAAAGAAAAACCUUGUGUAUGCGAUAGAGGCUGUAUUUUUCAAUUAAUCUUCAUGAAUUUUGGUCAGAAUGAUUACCUUGACGAAGUCUAGGCCGAGUUUGAAAAGGGGUCAUCUGGGGUCAAAAAGUAGGUCACUAGGUCAUAUUAAAGAAAAAGCUUGUGUAUGCGAUAGAGGCUGUAUUUUUCAAUUAAUUUUCAUGAAUUUUGGUCAGAAUGAUUUCCUUGAUGAAAUCUAGGUAAAGUUCGAAUAUGGAACCAUUUAAGCUCGACUAUUCGAAGAAGAUGGAGUGCUAUACUACUCGCCUCGUUGUCAGUUAAAGUUUUGAGCUCACCUGAGCAAUGCUUAUGGUGAAACUUGGCAUAGAUGUUCCUCUACCAAAGUUGUUCAAACGGUUCUGCUUGGUUGCACAUAGCGGCCGCCAGAGCUAAAAAUAGAAAAAUCUUCAAACGACAUCUCCUCCUAAAGCAAUAGUCCGAUUUUGAAAUAAUUUCACACAAAUGGUCCUUAUGUCACCUUGUACCAAGAUUGUUCAAAUUAUUGUGAUUGGUCAAAAAAACAUGACCACCAGAGGGUGUGGUCACUUAUCCCUAUAUGUAUAUAGUGGAAAUUAAAAAAAAAAUAUAUGUGCGAAUCGAACUGCUGGUCCGAUUUUAAAAUAAUUUUACACAAUGGUCCUUGUGCGACCCUCUACCAAGAUUGUUCAAAUCAUUUUGAUUCGUCAAAAAACAUGGCCGCCAGAGGGCAUGGUCACUUUUUCCUAUAAAUAUAUAGUAGAAACUUAAAAAUCUUCUUAGUUUAUACAUAAUUUAUUUAAGGUCGAUUGUGAGGGAAGUUCUAUAACUCAUAUUAAUCACUCUCAACACCUCAUUCCUGAUGGAAUCCAUCGCCAUGAGGUUAUAAGAGAAGAGGCCAGUUUCCCUUUUAAUGCUGAUCUUGCGCCAAUCAAGAGCUACUGGUACCAUUUUUCACAUCUUUGGUAUGACAUGGCCGGGAAUCGAACCCACGACCUCCCUCCAGCACUCAAAGUGGAUGCUCUACCACUAGGCUAUCAAGGCGAUGAAAAAUCUUCUUGUGUGAAACUGCUGGCCAGAUUUUAGAAUAAUUUUACACAAAUGGUUCUUGUCUUAAUCAACACUUUCUUUAAACAACAUCUCGUGCAAAACCACUCCACCAAAAAUGGCUGCCAGGUCACUGGCAUGGUCACCUUUCCCUUUAUGUAUAUAGUAGAAAAAUAGAAAAUCUUCUUGUAUAAAACUGUUAGCCAGAUUUUAAAUAAUUUCACAGAAAUUGUCCUUGUGUGACCUUCUACAAAUAUGUUCAAUGUUUUCUGAUUGGUCAAAAAACAUGGCCGCCAGAGGGCGAAGUUACUUUUCAUUAACACUUUCUUUAAACAACAUCUCGUCCAAAGCCACUGAAUGGAUUUUGAUGAAACUUUGCACAAAUUAUCUCUGGGUAGCCCUCUUUCAAAGUUGUUCAAAUGGUUCCGGUUCAUUGAACAUACGGGUCUUUUGGUUAACAAGAGCUGUCCGUAAGACAGCGCGCUCCGCUAUUUGACAAUUUGACAGUAAAAUGAAUUUAUAUCUCAAUAAGAGACUUUAACUUUAAAUGGAAGAUACACCAAGACAUAAAAAAACCCUACUACUCAGAGGGGUUAAAGGUCAAGUAUGGAAGGGGUUAUGAUGAUGAUGAUGGUAAAGAUAUAUUUUGAGUUUCAAGUCAUUAUCUUAUAUAGUACCAAAGUUAUGUCAAGAAAACUAAGUUUGUCAAAAAAUUUAAGUAUGACAGGGAUAUAAUUUGGUCAAAAAUACAAAUUAGAGUUAUGGGGAUUGUUACCACACAUGCAAAUGAUGAUGAUCAUUUUAAGUUUCAAGUCAUUAUCUUAUAUUGUACUAAAGUUAUAUCCAGAAAGCAAAAAUUGCCAAAACACAUUAAGUAUGAAAGGGGCAUAAUUCUGUCAAAAAUACAAUUAGAGUUAUGGGGAUUGUAACCAAACAUGCAGAUGAUGAUCAAGUCAUUAUCUUGUAAGGUACCAAAGAUAUGUCUAUAAACAAAGCUUUCGAAAAAUUAACAUCAAAAUAAUUCCAAGUAUAACACCUUGGUGACCUUUACCUUGGAUACAAUGGGCCCAGCCCCUGCACAUACUUUGUUUGUAUGCUGGACAAUGUUUAUGUGAAGUUACAGUAAGAUAUAAGCACCAGUAACAAAGAUAUGACAGAAAGGUUGCCGAAAAACUUUAACCUUAAAAGUAACCAAAGUAUAACACCUUGGUGACCUUGACCUUGGGUAUAAUGGGCACAGCCCCUACACAUACUUUGUUUGUAUGCUGGAUAAUGUUUAUAUGAAGUUACAGUAAGAUAUAAGCAAUAGUAACAAAGAUAUGACAGAAAAACAAAGGUUGCCAAGAAACUUUUACCUUAGAAAUAACCUAAGUAUUACAUCUUGGUGACCUUGACCUUGGGUAUAAUGGGCCCAGCCCCUGCACAUACUUUGUAUGUAUGCUGAACAAUGUUUAUGUGAAGUUACAGUAAGAUUUAAGCAAUAGUAACAAAGAUAUGACAGAAAAACAAAGGUUGCCGAGAAACUUUUAUAUAUAUACAGCCAAAACCAAAAAUUCGACCCACUUACAAUUAGAAAAAUCUUAAAAAUGUGAAUGUUAAAUAACAGUUCUUAACUUGUUUUAUUCAAAAGUCCAACAUCUCCUGGUUGUCUCUGAAAAAUUGCUACCACAACAUUGAUAGCGUUUAAACAAUAUCGAAUGUUGAUACAUAUGUGCAUUUACUCAUGUUACGGAGGGUAGAAUUUAGUGACCAUCUAUAUUUUCAGACAUUAAGAAAUUAAACAAUAACGCAGUUACUUAGUCAAAAGAAACCCUUUAAUGAAACAUAAUUGAUAAACACGUCCGACACACAAUCCAAUCAAUAUGACAUUUUCUACCGUCAAUACUGAGAGAGAACAAUGGUAUAUGACUGACAAUUUUAAGCUGUAUUUUUAAAACAAAAAAUUGAAUAUUUACAUUUGUUAUAAUUAUUAAAUUGAGCAUCGGAUAGAAGAAAAUUGGCAACCCUCUGUCAAUUUAGAAUGUCCAUAACACCACACAAUAAGUUACGGAUAUGCUACGUAUAUUACAGUGCUGGAAUGGCGAUUCUAAAAACAGACAACUCCGUUACGGAAGUGAUAAAAUUUACAAUGAAAUGAAAACAUAAGCCUAAAGAAUAUAUUGUUGUUGUUUUUUUCUACCAUGGGAACAUGAUUUUGGAACUUUAUUAAAUGUUUUAAGGAAUUGAUUAAAACACAACACAAUAAGUUGACAUAUUACAGUUCUGGCACUGCUUAAGUAUUAGAAACCUGUCACCUAACAUAAAUUCAAAAACAUUCAAUACAUUUCAUUAAAGAGACAACCAUUGAAACUGUACAUUUUCAAACAAUUACCUGCAUAAGACUAAACAGCAACUAAACUAAACUACCAUGAGUGGCAUUUAGAAAAAAAUCUGUAUAUACAGCAAAUAUUGGAGCAUCUAGUAACGGAAGUGAUUAUGCGUUACGGAAAUUGUGUUACAUGUAUAGUUAAGCCUAUAAUCAAACUGCUUUGUGUAAUAGAUUAACGGCCAUAAUAUAAAAUGUCAGGGCUCUUUAGAAACGGUUCAAAUGAUAAAGCCCUCUCAUGGUGCAGGCUUUCUAUCCAUCUAUGAUCUCCGUCAAAGAACAUCGAACAUUUCUUAAUGUUCUUGUCUUUUCUAAAUAAUCAACUAUUUUGUAUACGUCUGAUUUCUUUUAUUCUUUUUACAUCUUGGACGAAUGGGACUUUGCAUUUGUUACUAUGUUUCCAAGAUUCAGUAAGAAAAUUAAUCUGAACUUUAUCAUGAGCCAUGUCUUAAAUUACGCAGCCAUCCAGAUGUCUCUCCUCGCACACAUAUCUCUGUGAUUUGUCAGCAACAGUUGAAUUUGCAUUUUUCGGUUACUUUUCUGAUAUUAGUGUGUUUGUCAAGCAUUUUCUAAACUGUUCCAACUCAAUUAAUAAUGUUAAUAAACGUUUCCUUACUAACAUUUUCUGUUUUUUAUUCUGUCACAUCGAUGCUUGGGACGUUCAACAUACAACAGUUUCUAUUGGAUAAUAAAGUCUGUAAAGAUUCUUUGAAAGCAAAGAAUGCAGUCAACUAAAAUAAUAGCAGACUCGGUUUGAUUAAGUCCAUUCAAAUCAUUGUAAGUCAUAUGUGCCACUAUAUUUUCUUUGCACAUGGAAGAAAAAUAGUCAAAUUUGUCAAAAAAAAAAGAAAUUCAGAAAAACCUAUUUGCAAUAAAAACAAGUCUAAGAAUACCUUAUUUCUACUACAUAAAUGAUAAAAUUUCUAUGUAACCUCCGUAACAUAAUAUCUUCUCGGUAACAGAAUAAAACAUGCGGUCGCCAAAGGCACAUUUAUUUUUUAAAAAUGUUAGUAAGAUUUUAAAUAUUACAUAAUGACGAGAACAUUACUGAAACUAGAUCUUAUUGGUGCAGUGACUAAACAAGGACAAGUCCAAUGCAGUCAGACAAACUAUCUCACCUCCAUAACGGUAUUGUGGGAAAAAUCAAGCUCUAUAUCACUUUUCUACUGAUAAAAUAGUCAGAAAAAAAUAUGUAUUUCUUGAAUCUGAGUCAGUUUUGACAUAUCUCUUUGGCCAAACUUUCAUGUAUGAAAUUUGAAUGUCGCAAUGGAAUUUACGAACACAUUAUCGCCUCCGUAACGGAUAUGUUUAAAGAGGCAUAUUUAUUUCAGCGCUAUAUUUUAUGUAUAGUUUUACAUUCAAACCAAAUUGGAAAAGCAGAGAAAACAUAUUCAAACACCUUAAAACAUAGUCUCAUAAACAUCAUGUAGUAGAAUGCUUUUUUUGUAUAUAACUAUGAACUUACCUCAUUAAUUGAAAUACUGUUCCACCAAUAAUUUAAAAUUACACUUAAAAGUCUUUGCAGAUCAGCCUCUGCUUCCUUUUAGUGACGCAUGAAAGAAACUUUAUUGUGCUUUCCGCAUUUCAGUAGGCAGUUACAACAGCUAAGAUGUUAUGUUACGGAAGUGAUACGUUACGGAAGAGAUAAAAUUAUUUCAGUAUUUGAUAACUGUUCGAUACCUUGAUGGCAUAUACUAAAAACAAGCCUUCCUACUGAUGUAUUCAAGGUAAAUGAUACAGACACAGAGGGAAAACACCAUUGUUAUCACGUACAUUUGAAGAAGUCCCCGUUACGGAGGAGAGGUUUUUAAAUCGCGACAAAAUAAAAAUAAACUGGAAACGAUAAUGUCAGAAAUAUUUACUUAUCAGAUAGUAACAAGGGAGUUAUUUUAAUAAAGAUAUAUCAUUUGACGACAGUUUGUGUCAAUUUUGUCACAUCUAUACCUUUUUCAAAAUACUGUGUUAAUAUAUUAGUUAUUGUUACGUUAGGUAAGAACUGUUUUAGACGACAGUAAUAGUUAUGACCGGGAUGAAUGCAUUUUGUGCUUAUGCUAUCCAAAAUGUCCUUCCGCAAUUACAAUGAACCCUCUUUCAUAAUACUGCAUGUAGUUUUGGUGCACAGAUGUACUCCAGUGCUAUCAACAGAGUUAUUAUUUGGGUCAGUAUACUUGGUGACAUGGCUGAAAUGAGCAGAAAGCUUUUAUUUCAGUCCUACUACACAUAGAAAGUAGAAAAAAAUCGACUAAAAGUAUUAAAAAGACAAAGUAGAAAAAAGUCGACUAAAAGUAUUAAAAAGACAAAGAAUAUGCCCUUGCUAAAGUAAAAACCUCUUUCCAAUGUAAUUUAUUCAUCAUGUGUUUGUAAUAGAUGAACAAGAAUGAAGGCGACAAGGAAUUUGCUAAAGUGGGUCAAAUUUUUGGUUUUGACUGAUAUAUAUAUUAUACCAGAUUUAUAUAGCGCCCUUUUCAUGAUCAAUUUCACGUUCAAAGGCGCUUUACAUAGUUCAAGUAAGAUAUAAGCAAUAGUACACUUUUACCUUAAAAAUAACCUAAGUAUUACAUCUUGGUGACCUUGACCUUGGGUAUAAAGGGCCCAGCCCCUGCACAUACUUUGUUUGUAUGCUGAACAAUGUUUAUGUGAAGUUACAGUAAGAUUUAAGAAAUAGUCACAAAGAUAUGACAGAAAAACAAAGGUUGCCGAGAAACUUAAACCUUAAAAAUAACCUAUAAUAAGUAUUACACCUUGGUGACCUUGAUCUUGGGUAUAAUGGGCCCAGCCCCUGCACAUACUUUGUUUGUAGGCUAGACAAUGUUUAUGUGAAGUUACAGUAAGAUAUAUGCAAUAGUAACAAAGAAAACAAAGGUUACCGCAAAACUUUAACCAAGAAAGGUCACGCUGACGCAAGGGCGAGUAGAAUAGCCCCCCUAUUCUCCGAAUAGUGGAGCUAAAAAUUGGUUUUAAGCUAUCAGACUUUCAAAAUCCUUUUCGCUAGAGUUUUGAUACUUGGCUUGUUAUAUAAGAGUUUGACUCUCUACCAUAUUGUCUAAAUUAUUGUCAGAGGUCAAAAAUGGCCACGGCACUGUGUCUGACAUGUACUUACUAUAGGCUUUUAUAUAAGAAACUUUGAAAAUCUUCUCUGAAUCAAUAAUAUAUGACCGGUAAGGCAUAAAAAAAAAUGUUUGUUUCCGGUAUCCUGACUUACCCUAAAUUUUUGGCCCAACCCUAAAUAUUUUUAUGGCCUUGGAGAAUAUUAUUUUCAACUUUUACUUAAAAAGUUGCAAAACUGUACUUUUUUAUGCUUUUGUGACCAGUUCUAUAUUUAAGAUAUAUUUUUAUUAUGAAAAUCAUUAAAACAAGUGAAUGAAGUAUUGCCAUGCAAUACAAAGUCCCCUACUGGAAGGCACCUGAUUUUCUCUACUGCAGUAUAACAUAAUGAACUGAUAUCUGUCAAUGAUGUAUAAACAAUAUUGUACUAUAUAUACAAUAUAAUAUAACAAAGCACUUGGAUAAACCCUAAAUAAAAAAAAAAAAAAAUCUAUAAAAUUUAAGUCCACAAGAAACUCUUAACCAGGUAGAGAUAGAUCAAAAUACACCUAAGAUUUGGAUGUACCGUGCAUGUUGUACCACAGCAAAGUGGUCUCAAUUUUUCCCUACGGCCAGUAAUAAAAAAGUUACAAUAUAAUCUAUUUAUAGUAACAACAAAGGGACAUAAUUCUAAAAAAAGUGUGCCUCAUAGUGGUGAACAUUUCUACCAAGUUACAUCAAAAUCCCUCCAUGCAUGAAGAAGAAAUGCUCCGGACAAACUCAUUCUUGAAUUUGACCUUUACCUCUAAGUAUGAUCUUGACCUUAGUCCUAGGGACCUGGUUCUGGCGUGUGACAAUUCAUCUCAUGGUGGUGAACAUUUGUGCCAAGUUACAUUACAAUCCCUCAAUGCAUAAAGAAGAAAUGCUCCAGACAAAGUCAUUCUUGAAUUUGACCUUUGACCUCUAAGUAUGACCUUGACCUUAGACCUAGAGCCGGGGCUUUGCGCACAACAUGUUGUCUCAUCCAGGGAAAUGUUUGUGCCAACUGAUAUUUAAAUCCUGUUUUGCAUGACAAAGUUACAGACCGGACAGGAAAAAAACCUUAUUGACCUUUGAUCUCAAAGUGUGACCUUGACCUUUAAGCUAGGGUUCUGGGUGUUGCGCAUGACACAUCGUCUCAUCAUGGGGAACAUUUAUGCCAAGUAAUAUUGUGAUCCUUUGAUGGAUGACAAAGUUCUGGACCGGACAGGAAAAAAACUCUAUUGACCUUUGGCCUCCAAUUGUUACCUUGACCUUUGAGCUAGGGGUCAGGGUUUUGCGCAUGACAUGUUGCCUCAUAAUGGGGAACAUUUGUGCCAAGUAAUAUCAAAAUCCCUUCAUGGAUGACAGAGUUAUAGACCGGACAGGAAACAGACCCUGUUCAUGCCAUGUUAACAUUUGACUGCUAAGUGUGACCUUGACCUCUGAGCUAGGGGUCUGAAAGUUGUGCACGACACAUUGUCUUAUUAUGAGGUACAAUUAUGCCAACUGAUAUUAAAAUCCCUUCAUAGAUGGGAGAGUUAUGGACCGGACAGGAAAAAAGCCCUGUUGACCUUUGACCUCAAAUUGUGACCUUGACCUUUGAGCUAGGGCUGCGGGUUUUCCGCACGACACAUCGCCUCAUCAUGGGGAACAUUUUUGCCAAGUAAUAUUAAAAUCCCUUCAUGGAUGAAAGAGUUAUGGACCGGACACGAAACAGACCCUGUUCAUGCCAUGUUAACAUUUGACUGCUAAGUGUGACCUUGACCUUUGAGCUAGGGGUCUGAAAGUUGUGCAUGACACAUCAUCUUAUUAUGAGGUACAAUUGUGCCAUGUGAUAUUAAAAUCCCUUCAUGGAUGGGAGAGUUAUGGACCGGACAGGAAAAAAGCUCUGUUGACCUUUGACCUCCAAUUGUGACCUUGACCUUUAAGCUAGGGGUCCGGGUUUUGCGCAUGACACGUCGUCUCAUCAUGGGGAACAUUUGUGCCAAGUAAUAUUAAAAUCCCUUCAUGGAUAAAAGAGUUAUGGACCGGACACGAAAUUGCGGACGGACGGAAUGACAGAAUGACGGAAAAGCGCAUUCCUAUAGUCCCCGAAACUGGUUUUCAACCAGUAGGGGACUAAUAACAUUAAAGGGGGAUGUUGCUAGCGGUUGGUGGUCAUAGCAUGUGGCUUAUUAUCAGGUUAUUAUGAAUCAUCGGUUCAUAUGUUUUAUUACCCAGUGGCUACUGGAAGCAAACAUGAUCAUCCAUUUCCAGCUUGACCAUCUGGCCCGCUGUGAUUAUCUAUCAGUCAGAAAUAUGUAUUAUACAUGUAUACUAUAUAUUUGCAAUGAAAAACAAAAGUACAUUGAUAUACUAACUUGUCAAAGUAGCCGGUAUGUACCCAGCCAGAAUGCAUGUGAUCAAGGACCACACUGUUCAAUAAUAUGCCAGAUAUUUAUGCAUUUUAAGAACAAUUUCUACAGAGACGAAUAGUUAGGUUUUUAUCAGAAAUAGUUGUUCUCAUUAUUGCUUAUUUGAUUGUUUAUUCCUUUUUUUUUCAAUUACCCUGUUUUGAAAAUAUAAUUCAAAAUUAGCUGUCAGGGUUGUCAUUAAUAAUCAAGUACAUGUAAUCCUGUAAUUAAUACAGCUACAAGAAUAAAAUGUGAAAUUUC